AUGGGUGGGAGAGAUGCUGUUUACGUGCUGCUCCUCGCCGCAGUGCCCGCCCUCAUUCUCCUCCAUUUGGUCGUUGCGCCGUACACCAAGGUAGAGGAGUCUUUCCACAUCCAGGCUAUUCAUGAUAUCCUGUUGUAUGGGAUCCCGACGCGCAAUGUCAGCGAAACCUUCCGUGCGGACUAUGAUCAUUUUACCUUCCCUGGAGCUGUUCCUCGGACAUUUGUCGGCGCCGCGCUGCUGGCCGGUCUCGCGCGGCCUUUCGUCUGGUUACAGCACAAUGUCGAUAGACAAUUGCUUGUCCGAGCUAUCCUAGGUCUAUUCAAUGCCGUCUCGUUGCAGUCAUUUGCGUCCGGCCUGCGACGUACUGCGGGCAAGACAACGGCCAUUUGGUACCUUUUGUUUCAAAGCAGCCAGUUUCAUGUUUUGUACUAUGCAUCGAGGACGCUCUCGAACAUGUUUGCAUUUGGCAUGACCACGCUAGCUCUGCGCUACCUUCUUCCGGAGCCAUCGCUAUCUACCGCAGCAUAUCGAAGACGCUCUCGGCUUUCUCUGUGCCUGUUGACAGUCGCCGGUAUCAUCUUUCGCUCUGAGCUUGCCAUCUUCCUCGCGACAAACACCAUCUUCCUCUUCGCAACCCGCCGUAUUAGCAUCUUACAUGAAAUUAUCCCUGCGGGGAUUGUCGGUCUUCUCAUCGGCCUGACCACGACUGUCGCCGUGGAUUCCUUCUUCUGGCAGCAAUUCCCGCUCUGGCCUGAAUUCGAGGCCUUCAAGUUUAAUGUCCUUCACGGCCAAGCCUCAGCCUGGGGUAUCGACCCGUGGUACUUCUACUUUGUCAAUGCGCUUCCUCGUCUCCUUCUCAACCCUCUCACCUAUCUUUUUGGAAUCCCGGUCUCACUAUUACAACCUGCUACCCGCCCUCUGGCGACAUUCAUCCUCGUCCCCUCUCUCUUCUUCCUAGCGAUCUACAGCGUCCAACCGCACAAAGAAUGGCGAUUCAUCAUCUACACCAUCCCCACUCUCACCGCAGCCGCAGCUCAGGGCGCCUCCUACAUCUGGACACACCGCGCCAAAUCGAUAGUCUAUCGUCUUCUCUCCCUCGCCCUUCUAGCCUCAACCCUAGCUUCCUUCGUCGUCUCCACCUUUGUUCUUCUCCCCGCCUCCUCCGCCAACUACCCCGGCGCCCACGCCCUCCACGCCCUCCACAACCACGCCAACAUCCAUCCUAACAACAAAUCCAGUGUAUCAGUCUAUUUGGGUAAUCUAGCCUGCCAAACCGGCGUCACCCGAUUCCUCCAAAUCCCUACCAAUCUAUCCGACUCCUCAGCCUGGCACUACGACAAAACCGAGUCCCCCGUCGCCAAAUCCGACCCCACCUUCUGGUCCCAAUUCGACUAUGCCCUUGUCGAGCCCGGCGAGGAAGCUGAACUUGUUCUGUCUUCUACCUCUGGAACUGGGAACUGGCAUCCCAUCGAUGCUGUCUCCGGUUUUGCAGGGCUUCGUGUUCUUCGACCUGGUGAUGAAGCUGUCGGUACCGUCGAAGAGAGUCUUAUCGCGUACAUUGCUGGGGAAAAAGGUGCGGGGAUCUGGACGAAGGGCCGAGAGCUCGCUAGACGGGUGGCCACUCGUGGAUGGUGGGCGGAAGUGAGGAUGGAGAGUAAGAUCUUGGUGCUGGGGAGGGAUGAAGCUGGACAUGUUUGA